GAAUGUUGGCAGUUAGGGAGUCCUCAGACAAAACAGACGCUUGUUUUCCAUCCUCCCUGGACAGAAUUCUGGCAUUUUGGAGGCUAAGUAAUGAGUCCAGAUUUCAAUUGGUAACUUUAGUUCCCCGGCCGGCGUGGAACCGUGCAGAAACCAGCAACAAGUCCGGGGAGGCUGACAUUUUUCCAAAGAUAAGACAUUCCUUUUGUAGCAAAAGGAGAGAUUUCUGGCAUUCAAGGGACAAACAACACCCUGAGGAGGUUGGGAGAAAUUGUUCUCUCCGAGAAUGACCGCCACCAACGAAAUCUGGGAUUGAUUCAGAAUUUUCUUCUUUUUUUUUUCUUUCUUUCGUGGAAAAAUCACGCUGACAUUUUAACUUCGUUUGAUAGACCUCUGAAAACUUAGCAAACCACCGAGGGGACCCGUGCCAAUUUUUUUUUCCUCCCAGCUUUGUGAGUUGGCAUGGCAGCUGUGCCUUUUAGGUUUGAAGAUCUUCUCUUUAGUUGGCAUUCCGUCGCCUGGAAUCUGACUUCGCGAGUCCUGGGCGCUGACCGGCUCAGGCAUCUCCAAAUUGUACGCCUGAUGCUUAAACCAUGGUGCAUCUCCAGAGCAGUUUACCAGAUGACAGAGGGCCGCCGAUGCCAGGUUCACCUCCUCGACGACAGGAAGUUGGAACUUCUCGUGCAGCCCAAGCUUUUAUCCAAGGAGCUGCUAGAUCUGGUAGCGUCCCAUUUCAAUCUGAAAGAAAAGGAAUAUUUCGGAAUUGCCUUCACUGAUGAGACGGGCCAUUUGAACUGGCUUCAGUUGGAUCGCCGGGUGUUGGAACAUGAUUUCCCCAAAAAAUCUGGAUUGGUUGUUUUAUACUUCUGUGUCAGGUUCUACAUCGAAAGCAUUUCUUACCUGAAGGACAACGCGACCAUCGAAUUGUUCUUCCUGAAUGCAAAGUCCUGUAUUUAUAAGGAGCUGAUUGAGGUCGACAGUGAAGUGGUGUUUGAGUUGGCUGCGUACAUCCUACAGGAAGCAAAAGGAGAUUUUUCAAGCAAUGAAACUGUAAGGACGGACUUGAAGAAAUUGCCGGCGCUUCCAACGCAAGCUCUUAAGGAGCACCCAUCUCUGGCUUAUUGUGAGGAUCGAGUGAUUGAGCAUUACAAGAAGCUGAAUGGACAGACAAGAGGCCAAGCUAUUGUCAAUUACAUGAGCAUUGUAGAGUCCCUUCCAACCUACGGAGUCCAUUAUUAUGCAGUCAAGGAUAAGCAGGGAAUCCCGUGGUGGUUAGGACUCAGCUACAAAGGGAUCUUCCAAUAUGACUAUCACGACAAAGUGAAGCCAAGGAAGAUCUUCCAAUGGCGCCAGCUGGAGAACCUCUAUUUCCGCGAGAAGAAGUUCUCCGUGGAGGUGCAUGACCCACGCAGGGCAUCGGUGACCAGGAGGACUUUCGGACAUAGUGGAAUUGCUGUGCACACUUGGUACGCGUGUCCUGCCUUGAUCAAGUCCAUCUGGGCUAUGGCUAUCAGUCAACACCAGUUUUACCUGGACAGGAAGCAAAGCAAGUCCAAAAUCCACGCCACAAGAAGCCUGAGUGAAAUCGCCAUUGACUUGACGGAAACUGGAACUUUGAAGACCUCCAAACUAGCCAACAUGGGCAGCAAAGGGAAGAUUAUCAGCGGCAGCAGUGGGAGCCUUUUGUCAUCAGGUUCUCAAGAAUCCGACAGUUCUCAGUCUGCCAAGAAAGACAUGCUGGCCGCCUUAAAAUCCAGACAAGAAGCCCUGGAGGAAACGCUGCGCCAGCGCCUGGAGGAACUGAAGAAGCUGUGUCUCCGGGAAGCGGAACUUACUGGAAAAUUGCCGAGGGAGUACCCCCUCAACCCAGGGGAGGAGCCCCCAAUGGUGAGAAGAAGAAUUGGUACUUCUUUUAAACUGGAUGAACAGAAAAUGCUACCCAAGGGAGAGGAAGCUGAGCUGGAACGCUUGGAAAGAGAAUUUGCCAUCCAGUCCCAGAUCACGGAAGCUGCUCGACGCCUGGCCAGCGAGCCCAACGUCAGCAAGAAGCUGAAGAAGCAGAGGAAGACCUCCUACCUGAAUGCCUUGAAGAAGCUCCAGGAGAUUGAAAACUCCAUCAACGAGUACCGCAUCAGAUCUGGGAAAAAGCCAACCCAAAGAGCUUCGCUGAUCAUAGAUGAUGGAAACAUUGCCAGCGAAGAUAGCUCCCUCUCGGACGCUCUUGUUCUAGAAGACGAAGACUGCCCUGUUACCAGCACAAUAUCCCCUUUACAGUCACCUCACAAAGGGCUCCCUCCUCGGCCCCCCUUGCACAACAGGCCUCCCCCUCCGCAGUCCCUGGAGGGUCUCCGGCAAAUGCACUAUCACAGGAAUGACUACGACAAAUCCCCCAUUAAGCCCAAGAUGUGGAGCGAGUCUUCCUUGGAUGAACCCUACGAGAAGGUGAAGAAGCGUUCUUCUCAUAGCCAUUCCAGUCACAAGCGGUUUCCCAGCACCGGAAGUUGUGUGGAAGGUGGAGGAAGCAACUCUCUUCAGAACAGCCCAGUGAGGAAUCUUCCCCAUUGGAAUACCCAAUCCAGCAUGCCAUCGACACCGGAUCUACGUGUACGCAGUCCCCAUUAUGUCCAUUCCACCAGAUCAGUGGACAUCAGCCCUACCAGACUGCAUUGCUUAGUCCAGCACUUUAGACACAGGAGUUCUAGUUUAGAAUCACAAGGAAAGCUUCUUGGCUCGGAAAACGAGACGGGGAGCCCUGACUUCUAUACCCCAAGGACUCGUAGCAGUAAUGGGUCGGACCCCAUGGACGACUGCUCCUCCUGUACGAGCCACUCCAGCUCCGAGCAUUACUACCCAGCUCAGAUGAAUGCGAAUUACUCCACCCUGGCAGAGGACUCGCCUUCCAAAGCUCGCGAGCGGCAGAGACAGAGGCACAAGUCAGCUGGAAACCUCGUCUGCUCCAAUUCGGGAAGCAUGCCCAACCUGGCUGCCGGGAACGGGAACAGCCAUCAUGGCGUCUACCUGCACAGCCAAAGCCAGCCUUCUUCCCAGUACAGGAUCAAAGAGUACCCGCUAUACAUCGAAGGGAGCUCGACGCCGGUGGUGGUGCGCAGCCUCGAAAAUGACCAGGAGGGACACUACAGCGUGAAAGCACAGUUUAAAACAUCCAAUUCGUACACAGCGGGGGGCAUGUUUAAGGAAAACUGGCACGGAGACGAAGUGGACUCCAUCCGGUUGACUCCUUCCCGGUCUCAGAUCAUAAGGACUCCUUCAUUGGGGAGAGACGGCCAUGAAAAGGGAUCGGGGAGGACUGGGGUCUCAGAUGAGCUCAGACUAUGGUACCAGCGCUCCACAGCCACCCACAAAGACCACAGCCGAUUGUCGCAUACAAGCUCCACUUCAUCGGAUAGCAGCUCCCAGUACAGUAGCUCCUCUCAAAGCACCUUCGUGGCGCACAGUAAGGUAACCAGGAUGCCUCCCAUGUGCAAAGCAACGUCAGCUGCCUUACCUCACCAUCCGAGGACUUCAACCACCACACCGAGUGAUUGUGGGUCGUUGACCCCCAGCUGUCCACACCACAUCUUAGCUUGGCAAACUGGGAGCUACAGCGAUAGCUGCUACCUGGAUUCUGCCCUUUAUCCAGAACUCUCUGACGUCCAGUGGUACGGACAGGACAAAGCCAAGCCUGGGACCCUAGUCUGACCUCAGCUGUCCGGAUGCAUCCACGCCAUUUUGGGGGGAAAAGAAGACGAAGAAAAAAAAAUCACCUCACUGCCUCUUCAUUUGCCUUAUCCAGCUGCCCGACACCAGCUUCAAGCGAAAAGCACUUUUUUUUGGCCAUCAGACAAGUGAAGAUGAUGAUCACCGAAGGAGCAAUUGUGUCAGUAGUGCAAAACACACACACACACACACACACCCCACCAUUCUUCAAUCCCAGUUCUGCACACUCGUUCCUUCCCCCCUCCCUCCGCAGGUCUCAAGGCGAGAUAAUAAGGGUGGGCAAUCCAAAACCUUCCUGGAUUUAUCCUUAUCCUUCGAGCGGGCAAAAACAUAUUCUGGCGCGAAACGGUGGAAUUGGAACAUUCGGAUUUGAAACGUAAAACUCAAAGCGGUCGGAAAGAAGGGUGGCAAAUGCCCCUUUUGGGUUCAAAGGCAGGAGAGCUGGCAGCGCUUGGUCUCCAGAGACGAGCCGGAAGGUCAUCAAAAGCAAAUUUGUGGUGGCUGCCCAAGAUUUUGGUAACUUGCCAGAAAGAUUCGCUUUCCUCUAAAACGGGGGUAUUUUUUUAAGAAGCAGCAAUAGCCUUUGUGAUGCUCUUUUGAGAGCCGACAAACCGUGAACCAUUUUAGAUCAGGGAAUAUAAACCCGGGAUACAGUGGUGGGGGUGGCCUAGAAGGUGGAGCCCUCGCCUCACAAUCAGGAGGCUGUGAGUUCGAUCCUAGGUAGAGGCAGAUAUUUCUCUCUCUCUGUCUGGGCACACUAUAUCUGCUGAACAAAACUCCGCACUGGCAACAAGAAGGGCAUCCGGCCAUUAAAACACUCUGCUAGCUCCAUUCAGUUGCCCAGGUUCCUCCCCGCAAGGGAUUACGGGGCCGUUAAAAGAAGAUUAAUAAUAUAAACCCAGGAUCUGUUGGGAGAAACCAGUUGGGAGAACAGGGAGGCAGGCCAGGUUAUAAGAGGAAGGGGAAAUUUAGUAAUUUUUGCAACAUUUCCCAGGGCAAAAAAAUUGCAAGAGCACACCGUGAUAUUGCUUGGAAAAACCUCAUCAGAUGAUGUGAAAAUGCUCCCAAAAUGUUCAGGGUUACCAAAAAAAAAAACCCAUACAAGGGAAGAUCUCAAAUUAAGGGAUGGAUUAAGGGAACGUGGAUCGGGAUAUGUGGAACAUGAUCUCCAAAGUCUAUUAUGUAUUACUAAUUGCAGGAAAGUGGUUUGUGACUUGCCAGGGGAAUUUUUUUCUUACACGAGAAAGAGAGAACGUGGCCGAAGUCAUUUGCCUUCCCUUCAUUCCCAAAACGAAACGUCCACCGUUAUUUCACCCACGCUGAAUUCCAAAAAACGUCGUUGCUGAGGCAGAAAGAGGGAACAAACACUUGAGCCAUGAUUUCUACGAAUCUAGAAAGCCAUCCGACUUCCAAAAAGCCUCAAUGUUUUUUUAUAAGAAACCCAGACGCCAGCUCCGUGACCCAUGACCCAUCUUCGCGAGCCCACGGGCUUCCCCACAAGCCGCCAUUCCUGCCCUUCCCGACGUUCUCCCUCCUCUUGAGCAUUAUUAACAAGAGCCAGAAUCCGUCUUUUGGGAGGAGUAGUGGGGGGGGCUUUCAUUAGCCCCCCCCCCCCUUAAUAAUCUGGCCAGAUCUUGAAGGAAGCAGGCUGAGUCUUUGCCAUGGUGCUACUUCGAUUUUUUUUUAUGGCCACUGGGACAACCAGGGUUUUCCGGCCUUUCGUUUUGUGUGUGUGUGUGUUUGUCCGUCAGUUUGGCAAUAGCAAAAAAUGAAAAUUCAAGAGAGAGUCCAAAGAGCAAAAAAUAAAUAAACAAAUACCCACCAACUGCUUCCAUUCAUAAAUGGCGAGGAAUAAUCGGGAAAAAUCAAAAUAACUUGAAAGCGGCUGGCUCUGGAAGCAAAUGGAGAAUGGUUGAACUGCAGAGGGCGGACAGAAGAGAAAGUAGAGGCACGUUGUUGGAUAAUGUACAGCUAGUCCUCGACUUACAACAGUUCGCUUAGUGGCCAAGGUUACAACGGCACUGAAGAGAGAGUUAUGACCGUUUUUCCACACCUACGAUCCCCGUGGUCACGUGAUCGAAAUUCAGAUGCUCGGCAACGGAUUCAUAUUUAUGACGGCCCCGGGGGAGGGGGGGGUGUCACGUGAUCCCCUUCAGUGACCUUCUGAUGAGCCAAGUGAAAAUGGGGAAGCCGGAUUCACUUAACUGGGUUAACAACUGCAAUGAUUCACUUAACAAACGGGGCAGGAAAAGUCCUAAAAUGGGGCAAAAACUCACAGAGCAACCAGGCUCCGCUUAGCCACGGAAACUUUGGGCUCUGCCGUUACGACGCUGCAACCGUCAUAACUGUGAGUCAGUCGUCGAGCGUCCGGAUGUCAAUCACGUGACCACAGGGGUGGGGGGUGGGGGGAGGCUGCAACAUAAGUGUGGAAAAACAGUCUUAAGUUCCUUUUUUUCAGUGACGUCGUAACUUCGGUCACUAAAUGAACGGUUGUAAGUCGAGGACGUCCUGCAUUUAGGCCAUGGACAAACAACAGAGAGCUCCAAAAAAAAAUGGGAAGAUGGCAGCUGCCCACCCACUCCAGACAGCCAUCCCUGGGAAAAAGCAGGCCGUCUAAUCUGGAAUCGGGGAGUAAUUCUAGCAUUUCAUUCUAUGUUGAUUUGCACCCAGCUGGGCUAUCAAAAUGUUUUCUUUUAAAUCUGGUCAAUCAUUUACUUACUCGCUUAUCCAAACCAGAAAAUAAGCUUUUCGGUAAAGUUUGAACCGCCCUGCUGUGUCAUUAAGACAUUUCUUUAAGGUUAAAAUAAUCAUCUCUCCAUAUGCUCAUGUCUUUAUGGUUUAGGGUGUUUUCCAAGCUCGGCAACUUUUCAGCUGCGUGGACUUCAACUCCCAGAAUUCCCCAGGCUUGGGGGAAUUCUGGGUGUAUGAAGUCCACGCAGCUGAAAAGUUGCCGAGCUUGGAAAACGCUGAAUUUUAUAGCAUCCUUUUGCUUGUCCUCUUAUUAGGGGACAAAAAGAACCAGGGUAUCGGAGAGCAAGAAUUAGCAAAAAAAAAAAAUACAAUUCUCAGCUUCUCCAUCAAUCUGUAAUUUUUCCAGAGGGAGGGAAGGGAAUUGUCUACUAUUUUUAAAACAUGCAACACACUUUGAAACAAACCACUUCAUGGUUUAAAAGGAAAAAGAAAGGAGAAAAAAAAAUACCGAUUUUUCAGUUCAAUCAGCAGCUAGAAAUCUUGAUUUCUUCUUAUUAUUUUUAAUUUGUAUGCCAAAUGAUAAGCCAGAAUGCUGGCAGAUGACCAGGGUCAAAUGGGAAAGGAAUAAACCAGAGUUUCAGGGAGUUUUCCGACGGCCUACAGAAUUGCCAAGGUCUUGGGAAGGAACCCAGCAAGCAAACUCACCCACCCACCCCCAGUUCACAAGUUGAUGGCGUCCAAUGUAACUUUAACAAUGUUGGUUCACAGCCAAAACUUCAUCCAUCUCUGGACCUUCUAGAUCAGGGGUCUCCAACCUUGGCAACUUGAAGACUUGUGGACUUCAACUCCCAGAAUCCCUCAGCCAGCAAAGCAAAGCUGGCUGAGGAAUUCU